AUGACAUCAUUCCAUGGUGAUUUUGUGGGUUUAUUGAUUUUAAUUUGUGCAACAAAUGUGAUUCUAGGUCAAGCUUAUUCGUACAGCUUAAAUAAUCCCAAAGACAAGGUUUAUUCAACUAAAGAGAGCUCAUCAGACAGUGAUGAUUCGUAUCUCGGCUACUCAUCAAUCACAGGCGAUUUUAGCGGUGAUGGAAGUCAAGGAGUUGCUGUUGGAAUGCCACGUGGUGCAAGCUUAUUGGGAAAAGUUUUAAUCUUUUCAUGGAAUCUUACAAAUCAAAUUAACAUCACUGGCGAACAGAUUGGAGCAUAUUUUGGUUAUUCACUUUGUGCUGUUGAUGUUGAUGGUGAUAAACUUGAAGAUAUCAUUAUUGGCGCUCCAAUGUAUACCGAGAAAAACAAUGAAGGAAAAUAUGAAAAUGGCAGAGUUUACAUCGUUUAUCAAACCCGUUCAGAAAAAUUCAGAGAAGUUGAAACACGUGAAGGAAAAACAUCAAAAGGUCGAUUUGGAUUAUCACUUGCGUCACUUGGUGAUCUUAACUUAGAUGGGUAUGGUGACUUCGCUGUUGGUGAACCUUAUGGUGGAAAGAAUGGUCGUGGCGCUGUUCAUAUUUAUUAUGGAUCAAAGAAUGGACCAUUAGAAAAAGCAUCGCAAAUAAUUUACGCUGAAGAUGUUGUUGGAACUGACCAUUUGACAACUUUCGGCUUUUCACUUUCUGGUGGAAUCGAUUUAGAUGGAAAUAAAUAUCCUGAUAUGGUUGUGGGUGCUUAUGAGUCGAAUCGUGCAAUUGUCUUUAAAUCAAGAGCUGUGGUUGUGAUGGAAGCUUCAACAACUUUCGAAGCCCACAAUAAACUAAUUUCACUUGAAGAAAAGAAUUGUUCAAUCGGUCCUGAUAGAUCUGUGCCAUGCACAAAAGUAAAAUCUUGCUUGAAGUAUAAUGGAAUUAAUCUCCCAGUCAGUAUUGACGUUGAAGUAUCUUGGGUGUUGGAUCCAAAAAGUGUCAACGUUCCAAGAUUAUUCUUUUUAAAUGAUCACGGUAAAAAUAUCAAAAAUUCCACUAUGAGGCUUUCCCGUGGAAAGCCUGAAUGUCGAACGGAAGAUGUCUACAUAAGUGAAAAUAUUCGAGAUAAAUUAACGCCACUCGAAGUUGAAAUGAAGUAUAACAUUCGAAGAUCAUCAAGUUCAUACACAUCAUCAACAGUUUCAAGACGAAGACGAGCUACUUUAGAUCCAGUUAUUGAUGAGAAUCGAGGAACAGUUCAACAAGAUUCAAUUAAUAUUAUGAAGAAUUGUGGACCUGACAAUAUUUGCAUUCCCGAUUUAAAUCUUAAAGUUGUAACUGAGAAACGUUAUGUUGUUGGUUCAAAUGAAUCAUUGAUUAUUGAAGUUUUUGUGGCAAAUAAUGGUGAAGAUGCUUUUGAAGCAAAUUUCUUUAUGACUGUUCCGCCAAGUCUUCACUUCCAAAAAACAACAAAAGUAUUUGGAUCACCUCACAGUUGUACAGCUCCAUCGAACUUAAAUAACAACACAUUAAAAUGCGACAUCGGCAAUCCAUUACCAGCUGGAAAGUCAGUGAAGUUUAAGGUGUUACUGGAACCUUCAGUGCGUGGUGGUAAAAAUCAAAUGAACGAUUUUUAUGAUUUUUAUAUGGAAGCAAACACAACUAACUCUGAAGCUGAUGGUGGACGUUUCGACAACAUUGUUCAUGAAAAAGUAAAGAUUUUUGUUGAUUCUGAUUUCAAUUUCACUGGUUCUGUUAUGCCAUCUGACAUAAUCCAUUACAAUGCAUCACACUAUAAGACAUUCAAGGCUGCAGUAAAUGAAGAAGACAUUGGACCUCAAAUUAUUCAUAAAUACGAGAUUCAAAACGUUGGUUCAUCAGGUAUAGAAGAAAUCGAAGUGUUCAUUUAUUGGCCAGCAGAAACUCUAAAUUCAUCAACUCCGGAUCCGAUAAUUUACUUAUUGAGUCAGCCUGAAACUUCCGGACCAGUUCGAUGCGAUCCAUCACAGCAUGUCCAUUUAAAUUACUACAAUCGAGUCGAAUUCUUGAAAAAGAAUGUAACACUUGAAACGAGAAGUUACAUUGAUCAAGGACAUGCUACACGUCUUGGUGAAAGAGUGUCGGGACCACGUAUGAAUACUCCUGAAGGUAUUCCUUUCGAUGAAAAUGAAGACAGCAGAGAAUCAAGUGCUAGAGUUUCUCUUAAUGAACAGAAUCGUAAAAAGCAGUCAGGAUAUAGUCAAAGCUGGAAACAAAGUGGAUCAAGUGGAAGUGGUUCUGGAUCUGGUGGUGUAAUGACUCAAACAUCUUACACUGAAACUCAUCAUCAAGCUGGAGCCAGUGGUGGUGAAAGGCUUGGAGGAUCGCAAGGAUCUCAAAGAUGGUCUCAAAGUAGUUCAAGUGGAUCAAGCGGAAGUAAUUCUGGCUCUGGAUCUGGUGUAGUUACUCAAGAAUCUCGAAGAUGGUCUCAAAGUGGAUCAGGUGGAUCGAGUGGAAGUAGCUCUGGCUCUGGUGGUGGUGUAGUUACUCAGACAUCUCAUUCAGAAUCUGAUCAACAUGCAGGUGGCAGUGGUGGCUCUGGAUCUGGUGUAGUUACUCAAGAAUCUCAAAGAUGGUCUCAAAGUGGAUCAAGUGGAAGUAGCUCCGGUUCUGGUGGUGUAGUUACUCAAACAUCUCAAACAGAAUCUCAUCAACAAGCAGGUGGCGACAGAGUUGGAGGUCACAGUUUUGCAUGGGAUUCAGCAGGCGACCAAGGAUCAGCCAGCGGAAGUUCUCAAAGUUCACAAGAUCAACGAUAUGGCUCUGGUGGAUAUGUUGCCGGUUCAGGUUCACAAAGUUCACAAUAUGAUAGCAGACAUGGAUCUAAUGUUGGUGAAAGUUCUGGCUAUGAUAGAUCAACUCAAUAUGGUUACGACAGGUCAUCAACUGUUGGUGCUGGUAAUGGUAAUGCUCGUGAAUAUGAAUAUCAUGAAACCUAUAAUUCAUCUUCAAUAAAUGGCGGCCCAGUUGUGACACAUGUUGCAAGUAGAAAUCGUACAAUUCAUCGCGGUUCUGACGGUCAAGUGAUGGUAUCUGAAACAAGCACAGAAAGAAUCAUUACAGGUGGAUAUGGAAGUAGAUCUUUCGAAGAGAGUUCAGCUUUCGUUACUCAAGCUCAAUUAGAACAAGCUUAUGCAAAUCAUGUAGAAUUACGAAGACGAUAUGAUACUGGAGAUCGUGAAGUGUCCCUUUCGGCUAUCUCUAAAAGUCUUGCUGAUUAUGAAAGAAUAAGAAAAGUGCUUGAAGAACAAAGAAACCAAAGGCAACAUGAAGAUCGCAGACGUCUGCAAGAUGAACAAAGACGUGCUGAGGAGCAACGCAGACAACAAGAUGAAGAGCGUCGAAGAUAUGAAGCAUCUAGAGUUGAUACACAAUCCCAAAAUCGUGGAAGUUCUGGUCGUGAAUCAUCAUACGAUAGAAGAGUAGAAAGCAGUUACAACAGUGGAGGUAGCAGGUCGUCAAGUGAUGCUUUUGCCGGUGGACGAACAGAAGCUAACUACGAAAGUAAUGUUGAUCAAGACAUCUCUAAACUGUCAGCUCGUACACAUGCUGAACAUGAACAAUCAUCAGGAUCUGCUUCUCAUUCAGGAAGAAGACGUUUGGCGUCUCAACAAGAUGGUGAAGCUCCACGAUAUAAUAUAGCUGGAGAUGUGUCAGCAAUUGAAAAAGCAGCACAAGGUGGUCGUGGAUUCCAAACAUAUGGAUUCGAUGUUGGUGUUGUCGGGGCAAGAAAUAAUGUCGAUGAUGAGAUGAGAAGACAGAGUUCAUCAGGUGGUGGCAUUGUUGACGGUUCUGCGCAUAGGUCAUCAUCAUCGUAUAGCUCUCAACAUUCAUCUGGCAGUAGACAUGGCAAUGAUUACAGUCAAACGCACUCAAGUCAAAAUAGUUAUCAUCAAGGUCAUGAUGAUGAUAAUUUUGAUGACGAAUAUGAAGAUGUUGAGGAAAAUUUAGAUGGAAGCUACGAAGAUCAUAGCAGUCAAGUUACAUCAAAUCAAUAUCAAAGUGGGGGUGGUGGUGGUGGAAAUGUUUACACAAGACAUCACACUGUUUCUUAUUCCCAUCCAUUAAAUGUCCGCCAUGAGACAGUUGACAACCAGUUCAAACUUUAUCCUAAAAAGCGCGAUGUUUCAGCACAAAUGAAUAAUUUAGACGAUAAAGAUCUUUGUAGUGCAACACAAUGUUAUCAAAUAAGAUGUGUGGUUGGUCCUUUGGAUAAAAAUGCUGCUGCCUAUGUUGCUUUACGAACAAGAUUGGUUGUCCAUACGCUUGAAAAGUUGGCACCUGACACUGAAGUUAAACUUUCAACACUUAUACGUGGUCGUGUCACUAAACUUCCAUAUAUUGGAGAACUUGAAGCGCAAGAGUUUAAGAGUCAUGAGAUUGUCCUCAAAGCCGUCCCAAAUCAAGAGCCAAAGCCUGAAAUAAUUCCACUUUGGAUUUAUGUACUGGCAGCAGUCGUUGGCGCAUUAAUUUUGUUAUUGUUGAUUUAUCUUUUGUACAAGUGCGGGUUCUUCAAACGUAAUCGACCUACUGGAUCGCCCCACGAAAGACAACCGCUGAAUCGAAAUGGAAAUUACCACGGCGAUGAGCAUUUAUAAACGAUCGGAACAUAAAAUGUGCCGUUUUGUUAUUAGGAAAUUCUAUCUGUGACAAAGGAAAUGUUCAUGAGCAGCAUCAUAGUAAUUUAUGUAUGUAUGUAAGCUUCCAACUGCAAAAAUUAAUUGCCAUUUAUAGAUCUUUAAAAUUAUAUAAAAAAAGCGAAUAUAAAUUACUUCUCAUCAUUGCUAGUCAUUUUACAAAACAAUGAUCACAACGAGAUGUUUGAAAUGUCUCGUAGAUGGAAGCGCAUGAAAUAUUUUUUUUAAGAGAAUCUCCGAUUUGUUUAAUUAAGUUGAAAAAGAAUUCGAUUUGGCGAGGAUUAAUCUCAUUUUAAAUUACAUGAACAUAAAAACAACAUUAACUGCCAAAAUCUUUUCUUUUCCUUCUCGUUUCUUAAUAAGGAUGAAAAUGUUCGUAAGUUUCGUAGCAUUCAUUUUUAUACGAGUUUAAGUAUCUUAACUUAACAAAAAAUAUUAAUAAUAGAAUAGAAGUCCCUGCGAAAAAUCAAUUAUUUCUUAUUAUGGUCAUUGCACUUACCAAUCUAUGUUGAAUAAGCUACGUAACUUAUGAAUGUUACAAUGUUCUAACUACGACACCGAAUUUGAGGUGAAUUAUUGAAACAUAAAACUUAAGAAAACGACAAGAAAUAAAAAUUUCAAUUGAUUUUCAUUUCUACUUUUUUUUUUCUAAAUACAUUAAUUUAUGUUCACACAGACUUAACAAAUCACCCGACUUUUGAGAUUUAAUUGUAAUUUAGUUUAAUUAAUAUCUAGCUGAUAAUUGUGAAUAAAUGUGCCUUUGAAAGUUGAUUAGAAAUAUUUUCAAACAUUUCAACUUGAAAUUGAAAGAAAUCGUUGAGCAAUAUCUAAUAAAUAAAACAUUAAAACUUUUAAUAAUAAAUGGAAUGAAGGAUGUUACCCAAAACAAACUAAUUGAUAUUUUUUAACUUCAAAUCGCAAUAUGUAAUCCUCAUUUGAUAAUUUUGCCACAUUGUCUAACUUUAUUAGAAUUAAUUUCUUGCUGACAGACAAAAAAUUGAAGAAAACUCAUAAUUUUGUAAAUAGAACAGAAGAUAAAAUUUAAAACAAAGUUUUAAUUUUAUUAAUUGUAAAACAAUUGAAAUAAAGUGAUUAAUGACUUAAUUUGAUUUGUAAAUAUUUAUUCAUUUAACUUAAUUAUAUUUAUUCAGCUGAAAUGGUUUUUAAGAUU